ACUCAUCACAUAUGAAACAAAAUAUCAUAUAUAUAUAUAAGUGGGAAUACACUUCAAUGCGGGGGUUUCGGGUGCUCUAUACUAAAAGGUAUACGUCGGACAACCACGUGUGUAUUUAUGUUCUGAAAAUACAUUCAGGUGCACAUUUAAGCUACGGCAAGCAUACAGUAGCCAUGUGGUGACAACACACAGUUGUAGAAAGUCGACAGCACACCUUCAAGCUAUAUACACACACACACACACACACACAAAGACAUUAUUGCACGUAAUCUAGCCACGCAUGGACAGUGGGAGGUAGACGAUAUCCGCUAUUAGUAAAUGACUUAACCUAUAGGUUUAAUAGUGUUUUCAAUAUUCAGGUUUAAGGUCAGUUGCCUUCACCCUCCUCCACCCGUCUCCACCCGUCUCGCUCUCUCUCUCUCUCUCCCUCCCUCUCCCUCUAUUCUCUGUCUACGUCUCUCUCCCGCUGCCGAUCAGCGCCUGCUGCUGUCUCUUCGUCCCUGUUCUCAGUGAACGGUGAAACUCCACUGAGUAAACUAGCCCGCAGCCUCAGCCACGCACACACGCACACACGCGCACAGUCCAACUUAUCCGGCCAGUCGUGAGCGUGCGUCUGAGCGACUCGUGCUUUGUUAGCGCGCCCAAUUAGUCGACAGCGAGUCACACGGCGGCGGUCGGAACUUGAAAUAUGACGAUAAGCAAAAUGGGAGGAAAGUCGUUGCUAGCUUGCUGAAGUUGGAGGCUCUCCCUGUGGAAGAGGAAGAGGUGGCGGACACCACGAGUUCACUCUCACAAUACAGAGAAAAGGAGUGAGCCCAACCUUCCAGCAGACCUCCUCCCUCUCAUUGGGCUAAGAUGAGUAUUACCAGUGACGAAGUGAACUUCUUGGUGUACAGAUACCUCCAGGAAUCAGGUUUCUCCCACUCAGCAUUCACCUUUGGCAUUGAGAGCCACAUCAGCCAGUCGAACAUAAAUGGGACACUAGUGCCCCCUGCAGCCCUCAUCUCCAUCCUGCAGAAAGGGCUUCAGUAUGUGGAGGCAGAGAUCAGCAUCAAUGAGGAUGGUACGGUCUUCGAUGGACGGCCAAUCGAGUCGCUGUCACUCAUCGAUGCAGUGAUGCCAGAUGUGGUGCAGACGCGACAGCAGGCCUUCCGUGACAAGUUAGCCCAGCAGCAGGUGACCUGCGCCAUGACGGCCUCAACCUCUGGGAACCAGUCGAUCGCACCAAAGAAUGGAGAAGCCCCCGUCAACGGGGAGGAGAAUGGCACUCACAACAUGAAUAACCACAGUGAGUCCAUGGAGAUGGAUCUAGAUGUGGAGAUGCCAGCCAGUAAAGCCGCGGUGCUCCGAGGCCACGAAUCUGAAGUGUUCAUCUGUGCCUGGAACCCUGUCAGCGAUCUGCUGGCCUCAGGCUCGGGGGACUCCACCGCCAGGAUAUGGAACCUGAACGAGAAUAACAACUCCAACUCCACCCAGCUGGUGCUGCGCCACUGUAUCCGAGAAGGUGGCCAGGAUGUCCCCAGCAACAAAGAUGUCACCUCACUAGACUGGAAUAGCGAUGGGACUCUGCUGGCAACGGGCUCGUAUGAUGGAUUCGCCAGGAUAUGGACAAAGGAUGGGAAUCUGGCAAGCACCUUGGGACAGCACAAAGGGCCCAUAUUUGCUCUCAAGUGGAACAAGAAGGGAAACUCGAUUCUCAGUGCUGGUGUAGAUAAGACGACAAUCAUUUGGGAUGCGCACACUGGAGAGGCCAAGCAGCAGUUCCCCUUUCACUCAGCCCCAGCACUGGAUGUCGACUGGCAGAACAACACCACCUUUGCCUCCUGCAGCACGGACAUGUGCAUCCACGUGUGUCGCCUUGGCAGCGACCGGCCCCUCAAGACCUUCCAGGGCCACACGAAUGAAGUUAACGCCAUUAAGUGGGAUCCAUCAGGUAUGCUGCUGGCCUCCUGCUCCGAUGACAUGACCUUAAAGAUUUGGAGUAUGAAGCAGGAUUCCUGUGUCCAUGACCUCCAGGCUCAUAGCAAAGAGAUCUACACGAUCAAGUGGAGCCCCACAGGCCCCGGCACGAGCAACCCCAACUCCAACAUCAUGCUCGCCAGCGCCUCUUUCGACUCGACGGUUCGACUGUGGGAUGUCGAGCGAGGGGUUUGCAUUCACACGCUGACUAAGCACCAGGAACCGGUCUACAGUGUGGCCUUCAGCCCCGACGGCAUGCACCUGGCUAGCGGCUCCUUUGAUAAGUGUGUCCACAUCUGGAACACCAUGACUGGAGCCCUGGUGCACAGCUUCAGGGGCACUGGUGGUAUUUUCGAGGUGUGCUGGAACAGCACCGGGGACAAAGUUGGUGCCAGCGCGUCGGACGGCUCGGUAUGUGUUCUUGAUCUCCGAAAAUAGCCGACUUGAGACUUUGACGAUGAGUCCUGGAAUGUGCAGCAAAUUGCCUUUUUCUGACAUCAGCAAAAACACUCUUAAUUGCUCAAGGAAAGCCGUAAAGUGGAGCGAAACAAAACACAUCACAGGAGUACAACCAGAUGACUGCAGCAGCCUCUGAGGACUUCCGUGCACCUUACAGUUUGUUGAUGAGUGUUUUACGAUACGCCUGUUGGAAACAUGAUGGAAGCCGGUUAAGAGAUCCCCAAGACUGGACCGAAUCCAACUCCCUGGGUGCAUCCGCGUUUAAAAGUUUCUAAUGAGAAAGUGCUGCGAUCCCUCCGGGCCCACUGGUCCAGCUGUUAUCGGGUUGUAAGGGUGGAAACACAAAGAUGAGUUUUAUAUUAAGAGAAAAGUGUUAAUGAGACACGUGUUUGGCUGUACGAGGGAACAAAUUAUGAAAGAGAGGUUGUGGUUUUAGAAUUCCUCCUGAGCAAAAUGUUACCUCAUGGUCCACAUGAACUGACGUGUGAUAAAAGUAACAUCAAUACUGAAGCGCUGGUAUUGUAUGACGACAGGGUGCUUAACUUCUUCCCAGUGGAGAAUAGAUUGUUUCAAGAGUCCUUCUUGCUUUGUUUUUUUCCACGGAUGGACUUUUGAAAAUUGAAUGUGCCGCUGUAAGGUAGUUCUAAGCUCACGUUUAACAUCAGGUCAACAGAAGGAAAACCUGCCAAGAAACAGUCCGAACCUCCUAACAUGACCUGUUCACUUCACCUGAGAUUAGAAAAUGUCAUUUCGUGGACAAGAUGUGAAAAGUGUGGUUUACAAAGAGAAUUUUCUCCCUUUUUUGGAUGUAAAUUUCAGAAUGUAAAGAUAUGUAAAUUAGAUUAAUACACAGCCUUAUAUACUGUGUAUAUAUGUUUAUAUACAGUACACUUUAUCGCCAUUCUGUAGGGGCUCAUUAAUGGCUAGAGCUGUCACAUCUUUGCUGAUAAUACGUGACGAGACCUCUUUUUUUUUUUUUAAAUGAAGCGCAUGUGUCAUCGGCUUCUUUUAACAGUCUGUUUCAACUGGGCCAAUGCAUCGGAUUGUUUUGUUUUUCAACGAGUCACAAAUUGCUUUUUGUUAAGCAGCUUUACUUUCCACUAUUGAUCCCUGACGCCACGGAAGAAACGUGUGCCUCGGCAAUCAGGGAAUUAUCUGGUCAACAGUAUGGGAGAGAACAGUCAUCGCGGUCUCCUGUGUGGUUCCGGCUGCGUCUUUUCAUUUGUACGUGGAACAAGACACCACGGGAUCAAUGUUGAGAGCAGGAAAACAACUACAGCUUCAAAUGGCAUUCCCAUGGUUUCUCUUUGGCACUGCCCUCUGAACAAUCUACAACUCAAAGCACAUUUUAACCAGAAGGUGGAGGUCCUGCAAAAGUCCUACUGUUGCGAAACAAAAUGCAAAACAAGCUAUGAUUGGUCUUGUUAAUGCUGUUUUAAAAUGCAUUCAUAGCGUCAUAGGUGUGCACUAAGUGUGGCUCCAUCUGCUUUGUGGAAUCUCAUGGAAAAGACAGAAUCUUCAAAUUACCUUGCCACCAUUUUUGAUUUGCCUUUUUUUGAUUUUUUUUUUUGUCAUUCAACGUCAAUGUGAAGUGCACUUUUUACAAUGGUGGGAACAGCAAAUGUUAAAAUCUUGCUAAAAGUUGAAGGGCCUAUGUUUAAUUUUUUGUAUGUCACAAUUGGAUGUUAUUGGGUGGUUCAAUCGUUUUCUGACUUUCAUUUGCUGAGAGCCAUUAUUGUCUGUGUCAGACUGAGAAUGGGGCUGUGGGUUGGUGGCCGAGGAGCCCGCUGUGGAACGAGUGCUGUGACGGCUACUAUCUCUCUUGCACCUGGUCCAGGGUGCAGCACCCGUUUCCAUGACAAAGCGUUGACGUCAUUCAGUGUCUCAAAUAAAUCACUCUAUUUUGAUAUCAGAAACCACGGAGCCGUUGUCUUGAAUUCUGUGAUUUUUCUUAGCACAGCAAUAUUUUAUUCGUCUGCAACGACUUAAAAACAUGAAAGUGUCGCCAACAAAACCGUAACACAUACCGUUGAAAUGUAAUACAGUAUCAAAUAAGUGUGUGCAAAAAUACAAAGUGGACAACUGAAAAUACACAGCAACUU